UUGAAUAAGUAACGUCUGAAUAUGAGCAUAAAUUAAUAUCACGUGGUCAAAAGCAUAGAGAAUGGGGUUGAUCAAACAUAACCUAAAAUUUGAUAUUUUGCGUUUUUUUUUCUACUUUAUUACAUUUUGCCAGACUAUAUAUACUAACCAAACUUUUCCAUCAUGAUUUUAAUUAACUUCUUAAUUACGAAAUUAUUUUAAUCUCAAACACUUUAUUUAUGCCAGUGAUCAACACCUACUGCUAGGUAAACCGAUACAAUUCUUAUCAAAAUAAAAAUAAUGAACCAUAGCGUUGCACAAAAUAAAGAUUUUCUGUCACAUAAUAUGAUGGUUUUAUGGAAAAUAAACGAUAAUGUAAAAGAAUACAUGUAACAUGGACGUGUUUGUUAUGGCUAUCAACAACAUAUAAUAAUUUAAUGUAUUUUAUUAAAAUUUUAGUCAAAAUAAUGGUUUUUCGAACUUAGUUUCGGACUUCGGUGAUAUGGACUAGUGAUGCGGUUAUCGAUUUGAAUUUGGAAUAGAGAAUAUGUGUUUUUUUUGUGGGAUGUUCGUGAAUUAGAUAAAUAUACCUGCGAUGCCGUAAGGUUUGGUUGCUACCCUAAGCCUAGGUGAGAACAGUGUAGUACACGCGCGUAACUAAUAUCGUUUAUACGCUGCGGCGCACUCCUUGCACGUUUGCACCGGUAACUGAAAAGGUAAAGCAAGCAGUCAUGAACGUUUGUUCAAACAACAAACUUCACAAAUAUAUUUGUCUGAAUAUAAUAAACGGAUAACAGCAAUUAUGUUUUUGAUAGAAUGGCAGUACACCUUGGCGUUUACAAUUCUCCUACAUUACGCUGUUACGGAUACAAAACUAUCAGCUGAAGAGAUAGCGAAACACCCAGCCUGGGCCAAGCUAGAUGCUGUUGAUUGUGGAGACAAUGCACGAGAUCGCAUUAUUGGGGGAACCAACGCGGCCCUCGGAGAGUUCCCUUGGAUCGUACGACUGGGAUAUAUGGAUGAAGAUGAGUUAGUCUGGUUGUGCGGGGGAGCUCUGCUAACCGACCGCCAUGUCAUCACUGCCGGCCACUGUGUACAAAAAUCUGAAUAUGGAUAUGAUUUGAAAACAGUUCGUGUUGGUGAGUAUGACGUGCGGACGGACCCUGACUGUGAGCUGAAGGUGUGCGCGCCCGCGGUGCAGGACCGCGCCGUCAAGAACAUCACCAGCCAUCCCUCGUACGACAAGCCGCCCUUCCACAACGAUGUCGCCAUCAUUGAACUGGAGACACCGAUCACUUUUAAUGAUUAUGUGGCGCCCAUCUGCUUACCAAAAACUACAGAACAAAUGGCAAACGUUCUAAUUGGAGAGAAAAUGACGGUUGCUGGCUGGGGUAAAACGAAUAUGACUACUGAAGAGCGGGGCCAAAUACUGCAAGUAGUCUCUAUUCCAGUAGUGGAUCCCGCACUGUGUGAUUCAUUUGGAAAAGGAUAUAAGGUGGCGGAAUCGGAGAUUUGCGCUGGUACGGAACUGAACAAGGAUAGUUGUGGUGGUGACUCAGGAGGCCCACUCAUGAAGAUAUUCGAUACACCGGAGGGGCCUAAAAACUAUUUGAUUGGUGUUGUUUCUUUUGGGCCAACAAUAUGCGGCAUCAAAAAACCAGGGGUCUACACGUCAGUCUCACACUUCCUCAAAUGGAUAUUAGAUCGAUUGGUUUAAUUCAAAUCUUGGAAAACCACCUUUUUUCUCCGAUAUUAAUUUAGAAUAGUCAUAUGUAUAAAGUUUAAUAAUAAUAUAAUUUAUUCAACAAACAUUGCGUAGGA